UUGAAGGUUCAGGGUUUGAAGGCGCUCUUUAAAAGAGUGCGAUCGAUACGUAUUAAUACUUCUUAUGAAUACGGUGUAGAGCUGUCAUCGUGCCUGGGAGCGGUGGUGUGGAGUGGUUGGGGGUGGGAGAGAGUUUGAAACAAUCUCAAGAGGCAGCGGAAGACGCGGCGAAGGGCCGUUUCGCGAAGAUCACGGCACUUUUUUUUUUGUUUUCGUUCUUGGAGUUGUCCAUCGACCGAACGAGGGGGUUCGACACUGCCGACGGUUCCUGCGCCAAAUUGUUUACAGCAAGACACGGAGGGAUGAUGCUCCCUGCGUGUGUGCUGGCCAUCUCGUGUGCCUCGCCGCACUGGGGCGCACAACAAGUUUGUUAAGGCGCGUCUGCCUGUGCGUCCACAUUUUGACGCCGACGCCUCUGGGACGGAUGUGAACUGGCAGAGGGGGCGUCUCGAUGGCCAUGGCGGUCACAUGGGCACCACUCCUCAUCUUCGGUCUCAUCAUCAAGGCAGCCCACGGUGAACACACGGUGUUCGGCAUGGGGGAGCCCCCCGCGCUGGCUCCCUACCCGGAGCUGCACCACGCCGAGUCACACGCCGUGCUGCUGCCGGGCGAGCGCUUCGAGCUGCGCUGCUCCGGCGAGACGCGCCUCACGUGGCGCCACCCGGCGGCGGCCCACGUGGCCGUGGUCGACACGCUCGGCGGCGGCAGCGAGGGCGGCGAGGGCGGCGCGGCCUCCUCCUCCUCCUCCUCGUCGUCGUCGACGGCGCACGUGAGCACGCUGGUGAUCGAGAGCGCGUCCAUCGAGCACGCGGGGAUCUACGUGUGCGUGUUCAGCGACGAGGGCGACUACGGCGAGGAGGGCGGCGACGACGCGGGCGAGGGGGACGAGGAGGACUACGGCCACGGCAAGGAGGAGGACGAGCUCAACGGGGCCUCCUCGCUGCAGCUCUACGUGCGAGACCCGGAGCACCUCUUCGCGCCGGUGUCCGGCUACGACCACGUGAUCCCCGUGAACGAGGGCGAGGAGGCGCUGAUCCCCUGCGUGGCGGGCGACCCGCUGACCCGCGUGACGCUGGUGGCGGCCGAGCGGCCCGCCGUGGCCCUGCCCGCCACCUACCUGCCCCUGCGUGGCGUCAGCGCCCACCUCAAGGGCGGCAACUACCGGUGCCACGCCACGCUGGGGGAACGCUCCGAGAUGACGCCCGAGUACAACGUCAUCGAGAUCCCCGUGUCGCGGCUCAACCCGACGCUGGAGGCGUCGAGCGUGAAGGUGAUGAGCGGAGACUCCUUCAACAUCACGUGCUCCGUGCGCGGCAACGGCAUCGUCAACUUCGACUGGGAGUACCCCGGCAAACACUGGCCGAACGUGAGCGCGCCCCAGACGCUGGUGAGCGACGGAGUGCGCGCCGACGGCGAGACGGAGAUCGCGAGCACGCUCACCUUCACCACGGCCACGAGCGCACAGUCAGGAUCCUUCCGCUGCUCCGUGGAGAACUCGCAGGGCACGAGCAGCGAGGAGAAGCUGCACAUCGACGUGCUGGAGAGCGGCUACGUGCGCCUGCACACGCUGGUGGCGCGCGUGGAGCGCGCGCGAGCGGGCGAGGUGCGCCGCUUCGCCGUGGCCGUGGAGGCGUUCCCCGCGCCCUCGGCCGCGUGGUACAAGGACGGGCGGCGCCUGCACGGGGGCCUGGGGGAGGCCGACGUCACGCUCGACGUGCACGACCUCAAGCGCGGCCGGUACGAGAGCGUGCUCACCCUCGUGCGCACCAAGGAGGAGGACAGUGGCGAGUACACGCUCAGUGUGGAGAACCCCCACGACUCAGCCAACCACAGCUUCAGCCUCUACGUGUUCGUCCCCGCGACCAUCAAGGAGCUCUCGGACGCCCACGGGGUGAACGACACGGAGACCCACGUGGUGACGUGCGUCGCGGAGGGGCUGCCCGUGCCCGAGAUCACGUGGUACACCUGCUCGGACCUCAGGAGCUGUAACGAGCGCUGGGCCUGGCAGCUGCUCAACAGCACCGGCGGCGCCGGCGGCUCCGGCGGCGCCGGCGGCGGCACGGAGGUGGAGACCCACGCCAUCGUUGGGGGUCUCACCUCGUCCUCGUCGUCGUCAUCGUCGUCGUCGUCGUCCGACGGGCCGGGCCCGGCCGCGGAGUUCCGCAGGGCGCGCGUGUCCAGCACGCUCACGUUCCCGCGCCUCGACCGCUCCACGGCCGUGCGCUGCGACGCCACCAACGCGUUCACGCGCGCCAGCGGCAGCCUGCGGCACGGCGACGACGGCGACGACGGCGGCGACGACGACGACGACGGCGACGACGCGGAGCCCCUGCACAGCGCCGUGCAGGUCGUCAAGCUCGUCAAGAACGAUUCUCACUCGAAGCUCAAGGUGAUGGCGGCCAUCUUGGUGCUGCUGGUGGUCGUCAUCGUCUCUCUCAUCGUGCUCGUCGUCGUCUGGAAGCAGAAGCCGCGCUACGAGGUCCGCUGGAAGGUGAUCGAGUCGAUCAGCCCCGACGGGCACGAGUAUGUCUACGUGGACCCCACGCAGCUCCCCUACGACUCCCGCUGGGAGCUCUCCCGGGACUCCCUCCAGCUCGGCCGGAUCCUGGGCUCGGGAGCGUUUGGGAAGGUGGUGGAGGCCACGGCUCGUGGGAUGAGCCACUCGCAGACCUACAUGAAGGUGGCGGUCAAGAUGCUGAAACCCACGGCGCGCACGAGCGAGAAGCAGGCGCUCAUGUCGGAGCUGAAGAUCAUGAGCCACCUGGGACCUCACCUCAACAUCGUCAACCUCCUCGGGGCCUGCACGAAAGGAGGGCCCAUCUACAUCAUCACGGAGUACUGUUGCCACGGCGACCUGGUCAACUACCUCCACCGCAAGCGCGACCGCUUCCUCUACGGCUCGGCCAGCAAGGACAAGUUCGACGGAGACAUCUUCAGCCUCAACAGCAGCGGGGAGAACACGCGCAGCUAUGUGCUGCUGUCGUUCGAGGAGGAGGGCGCCUACAUGGACAUGAAGACGGUGGACAUGGGCCAGUACGUCCCCAUGACGGAGAGCGGGCAGCCGCACUCCUACUACUCGCACCCGCCCUCGCACCGCCGCCUCACCAUGGAUGAGAAAGACCGUGAGGUUUUCUUCCCCGAUUUCGUGGACGAGGAACUGGCUCCGCUCCACCUCAACGACCUUAUCAGCUUCAGCUACCAAGUCGCCAAGGGCAUGGAGUUCCUGGCCUCCAAGAACUGCGUUCACCGUGACCUCGCAGCCCGUAACGUCCUCCUCUCCGACCGUCGCACCGUCAAAAUCUGCGACUUCGGCCUCGCGAGGGACAUAAUGCACGACUCCAACUACGUGUCCAAGGGCAGCACUUUCCUCCCCGUGAAGUGGAUGGCUCCGGAGAGCAUCUUCGACAACCUGUACACGACUCAGAGCGACGUGUGGUCGUACGGAAUCCUGCUGUGGGAAAUCUUCUCUCUAGGAGGGACUCCGUACCCGGGGAUGCCGGUCGACUCUCAGUUCUACAACAAGCUCAAGUCCGGCUACCGCAUGGACUCGCCGGAUUACGCCCCGCCCGACAUAUACGACUUCAUGGUGCGAUGCUGGAACGCGGACGCUGAGAAACGCCCCACGUUCUCCCGCCUCUCCGACAUGAUGGCCAAACUCAUGCCCAGCGGAUUCCAAAAGUCGUACGAGAAGCAGGGCGAGGAGUUCCACCUGCACCACCCGGCCGUGGCCCGCCUGCGAGCGGCCUCCGACCUCUCGUACGUGGGGGUCGCCUACAGCCCCGCGGGCAAGGGGGGGGACGCCGUCGGCGUCGGCGGGGGGCAGCACGCCUCCGACGAGCUCUCGGAGCAGCGGUCCGACACGGACAGCGGCUACAUCAUCCCGCUGCCCGACAUCGAGCCGCCCAGCAUGGAAGACGGACACUCGCACAACAGCCAAAGUACGGGGCUGUGCGAGGACAGCCUCAACGACGACUCGCAACACCGCCUCCUCCCCCUCACCAAGGACUACGAGGAGAUGAUGGAGGUGAUGGACAUGUCCUCCAGCCUGGUGGAGGACAGCUUCCUUUGAGGCGACCCACCCGAUGACCCCCGUGACCCCACACCACGACCCCCCCGCGAGCCCACCCUAGCAACCCUUGACCUUUUGAGACUCGGCCAACUCGGGUACGGACGUCAGAGAAAUACGGUCGCCGACGCCGACGAAGAGGAUAACGGAAAUAUUCCGCGCCCGCGAGAGCGAUCGUCGGCCAGGCAAACCGACGGUCUCACCGCGGCCGGGGAACGGGGCGGAGACGAACACCGUCGAGGCGUCAAUGGAAACUCGCUCAUCGGUUCGUCACCGUGUGGAGGAGGGGAGGGGGGCGGGGGCGGGCACAACGAGCGGGAUUGUUCAAGACAGCCGGACUUCGAGAGAGAAAGAGAGAGAGACGAGCGUUCAGUCACGUAGAGUCGUUUCCCUCGCUCCCAGCGACCGUUGGGCAAAGUCCCCAACAACGAGCCUCUCUCCCAGCUGCUCCGCGCUCCGCUCGAACGCAAUGACCUCGAGCGCACGCACGCACGGCGCAAGCACAAAGAACCAUGACGACCGGUCGACGGGUCCCCGCCGCCCAAUCGGCGGCGGUCGGGGGCGGCGUUCGUCUCCGUCGGCGUUUUCGAGCCGUCUGCGGGAAUUCCACAGUAAUUGGGCCACGGACCAGUCUCUCUAACCACUUAUUGACUCCCCCCCCGUCAAAGAAACAGUCAGUCUCUUCUCUGCCCCGGAGAGACGACGACGACGACGAUCGUGUGAGUUGACUUCUGGCCACAAUUCGAAGCCCUAGCAACAAUCGCCAUCUCACUCCCUCAACGGCGGCGGCGGCGGCGGCGUCCUUUGCCUCCCCGGCGUAGAUCAGAGCGCCGGCGACGACCGCCAACAGGGCCCAGCUGCGGUCGACGCUCGCCGCAGCCAGCGUCGAACUGCAAGACGCCCCCCUCCACGUGUCGGCAGCCCGGCGGCACGUGGAGGCCCCCGACAACGCGUGUGACCCACGCCCAGCGAUGACGCAACCGCAGCGACGCGGGAGUCCGAACCGGGCCGCGGCGAGAGAAGCUCACGGUCGGCUUGUCCGACGGACGAGCGAGGAAACGCGAUUUUCAAGAGUGGGGAAAGAAACCAGAAACUGAACGUGGGUGCCAGUCGUGAGCUGAAGGGGGACUGCAGCGGCUGCGGGGUUGUAGAUGCGGUCUACAAGUGCCAGUCACGUGCGUGCGUGUGUGCGCGCGUGUGUGAGGUAGGGCCCCGACCCAGUGGGUUCCAGUGGGUUCGUGGAGUUCCCAGGGCAAAUUGCCCCUUCUGCAUCCCCGCUCCCCCCCCCCCCCUAGGAGCAAUCUCGCCCCCGAUUGGCCGCGUUGAGUACCGUGUAAAAGUCGUUCGCGUUUGUUUGUCCAGUCCGAGCGUGGCCAGAAACGUGCGCCUUACUUCGCUUCGACAUCAGUAACGAUGCUACUCCACCGUGAUGGAGAGAUAUAUGUGUGUGUCGAGGCGAGUUGGCGUGAGUCGCUGUGACAUUUGACCUUACAUGCUGUUUAAAACAGGUACGAGGAUUAUUUUCAUCACCAGCAUUACAGUACAUAUCUCUUUUGGUCAGUCUCAUAUAAAUAUACGAUAGUUUCCAUGUGUGUGUGUAUAUAUAUAUACAACUUAAAAGUGUGUGUGUGUAUGGUGCGGUACGAAUUUCAUGUCUGUUCGAGCGUUAGUCCAUAGAUUUUAAUUCUACUUUACAAGAGUAUUUUCUUCUGUUAAAUGUAACUUUAAAUCACAGUAAUCCCUAAUGUACGCUGCAUAAGGAUCGUCAAGAUCAAACUGUACGAUCAAUAUUCACAACCCGAGCAUCGGUCCGCUGCCGGAUGAAGCCCUCCUCAUGCCGUGGUCGGUCACGGGGGACUAUGUGACCAUACUUCACCACACGGGACCGGCUCAGAUAUUAUCUGGUGCCGAUCUCCUCCACGGCUGGGAAUCAAACUCGGGUCCGCCGAGCCCAUGACGCAGCUCGCACGCUGCUGCCUCCAAGCAGCGGCGGCUCGAUGGAGAGUUUUAAAUUACCCCUACCAACUACCAUUAUUGCAUCAAAUAUUUGGCAACGCAGAAGGUAGAUAAUUUACCUUAAAUGGGUUUGACUAUGAAAUCAAAUGGUUGAAUAAAAACGCCGAUCCACGACUACGUCGUAAGAUUAAAGUGUACUCCGUCGGCAGCCCAGAAGAAGCGGAAUGUUUACUCGGGUAGACGAAAAAAAGGGGGCCUUAAGAUGCCAACAUUUUUUUUCUUGGAACGGCAUUUGCGUACGUUCACGCGGGUACGUUUUGAAACCGGUACCCCUGUUGUUGUUGUUUUUGUAACGUUCAGUUUGUUUUAACGUUUGCCGUUUUUAACCUUCCCCGCGAAAAGCGUCUUUUGUAUAAAUUGUGUUUUUUCUCAGUAUUAAUGUUGGCUACGUGACAGCGCAGAUACGCCGCCACUUGCUAGGGCGAGGGGUCCGCUUGGCUCGCAAGAGCGGAUCGCCAGCGGCGGUGGAUAUCAAAUAAAGAUAAAGUAAAAGCACUUGUAAUUUCAUUAGCUUCACCGGGUAGAAUCUCGCACGGACGAUGGGACUUUUGUUACAAAGUUAAACAUGGAAUUAAGCACAACCGUGAGAGAGACGAAUGGAUUUGGGAAACCGAUGCAUUUGUGCAAAGUGAUAUCAAUGUAUUGUACCGAGAUUCUUCUAUACUAGCUUGUUUAAUCAAAUGUUUUGUAGCCAGUUUGUAACGGGAGAUCGCAAGGGAUACGCACCAGCGCACUGCUAUCACUCAGUGAGCACGCGUCAUGACAACCAAUUACACAAUAUCGCAGUAGCCACUUAAAAUAGGGUUACAGCCACUUUAAGAAAAAAAAUCUAUAUUUUUUUGUAAUUACAACUGACCCUUCCCGUAGAAGGCACCGCCACUAUAGCGAACCCAUUAAUCUCGGCGCGCGACGGCACGGAGAUUCGUCUAUUCCGGGGCGGCCGCCAACUGCGUGCGCGGUCAACCACUCGAGGCGAUCGCGUUGACCGCCGCGCAUGCGACCUCCUGACCCACGUGUGCGGUGAAGAAGCGGGGCCACUUGCACAACCCCCCGACGACCACUCCUCCCCGCCGCGCAUCCGCGCGUUGUUGUUGUUGUUGUUUUCCCUUCGUCGUCGUCUUCUUCUUCUUCUUCCGAUCGAGUUGACGCGACGUGGAGCCGCGCCGAUUGCUGUGAAAAACUAAAAAAAAAUAUCAACGAACCUCGAUUUUAUGUUUUUAAAUGUUUUUUAAAUUGCCAGGAAAUUAUU